GCAUUGCUGGGGCGGGGCAGUCGCCGGCAUCUCGCCGAUCCCAGGGCCACCUUUGCUCUAAAGACUGCGCCUGCACCGGCUCUUGGAGCUUAGCUUCGUGAUGACUGUGAGUGGCCCGGAGACCCCCGAGCCCCAACCUUCCGACCCCGGGGCCAGCUCAGCCGAGCAGCUGCGGAAGGAGGGCAACGAGCUGUUCAAAUGCGGGGAUUACGAGGGCGCCCUGACCGCCUACACCCAGGCCCUGAGUCUCGGCGCGACGCCCCAGGACCAAGCCAUUUUGCACCGAAACAGGGCUGCUUGCCACCUCAAGCUGGAAGAUUACAGCAAAGCAGAAGCAGAGGCGUCUAAAGCCAUUGAAAAGGACGGUGGGGAUGUCAAAGCACUCUAUCGCCGAAGCCAAGCCCUAGAGAAGCUGGGCCGCCUGGACCAGGCUGUCCUUGACCUGAAGAGAUGUGUGAGCCUAGAACCCAAGAACAAAGUUUUCCAGGAGUCGCUGAGGAACAUUGGGGGCCAGAUUCAGGAGAAGGUGCGGUACAUGUCCUCCACAGAUGCCAAAGUAGAACAGAUGUUUCAGAUACUGUUGGACCCCAAAGAGAAAGGCACGGAGAAGAAGCAGAAGGCUUCUCAGAACCUUGUGGUACUGGCCCGAGAGGAUGCUGGAGCUGAGAAGAUCUUCCGGAGCAACGGGGUUCAGCUCUUGCAGCGCCUGCUGGACACAGAAGAGACUGACCUCAUGCUGGCAGCCCUGCGCACGCUGGUCGGCAUUUGCUCCGAGCACCAGUCGCGGACAGUGGCGACCCUGAGUGUCCUGGGAACUCGGAGAGUCGUCUCCAUCCUGGGUGUGGAAAACCAGGCCGUGUCGCUGGCAGCUUGCCACCUGCUGCAGGUUAUGUUUGAUGCCCUCAAGGAAGGCGUCAAGAAAGGCUUCCGAGGCAAAGAAGGUGCUAUUAUCGUGGAUCCUGCCCGGGAGCUGAAGGUUCUCAUCAAUAGCCUCCUGGAGCUGCUGACUGAGGUGGGGGUCUCUGGCCAAGGCCGCGAUAAUGCCCUGACCCUCCUCAUUAAAAUGGUACCCCGGAAAUCACCGAAGGACCCCAACAAUAGUCUCACCCUCUGGGUCAUUGAUCAAGGUCUGAAGAAGAUUCUGGAGGUGGGCGGCUCCCUGCAGGAUGCUGCCGGUGAGCUCACGGUGACGGCAAACAGCCGCAUGAGUGCCUCCAUCCUCCUGAGCAAGCUGUUUGAUGAUCUGAAGUGUGAUGCCGAGCGGGAAAACUUCCACCGACUCUGUGAGAACUACAUCAGGAGCUGGUUUGAGGGCCACGGGCUGGCUGGGAAGCUACGAGCCAUCCAGACAGUGUCCUGCCUUCUGCAGGGCCCAUGCGACGCUGGCAACCGGGCCUUAGAGCUGAGCGGUGUCAUGGAGAGCGUGAUCGCUCUGUGUGCCUCCGAGCAGGAGGAAGAGCAGCUGGUAGCCGUGGAGGCACUGAUCCACGCUGCCGGCAAAGCCAAGCGGGCCUCGUUCAUCACUGCCAAUGGUGUCUCUCUGCUCAAGGACCUGUACAAGGGCAGCGAGAGGGACAGCAUCCGCAUCAGAGCACUAGUGGGACUCUGUAAGCUCGGAUCGGCUGGAGGGACUGACUUCAGCAUGAAGCAGUUUGCUGAAGGCUCUACCCUCAAACUGGCCAAGCAGUGCCGAAAGUGGCUAUGCAAUGACCAGAUUGAUGCGGGUACUCGGCGCUGGGCAGUGGAGGGCCUGGCUUACCUCACCUUUGAUGCGGACGUGAAGGAAGAGUUUGUGGAGGACGAGGCUGCUCUGAAGGCCCUGUUCCAGCUAAGCAGGUCUGAAGAAAGGUCAGUGCUCUUUGCCGUAGGCUCGGCAUUGGUCAAUUGUACCAACAGCUACGACUAUGAGGAGCCUGACCCCAAGAUGGUGGAGCUGGCCAAGUAUGCCAAGCAGCACGUUCCAGAACAGCACCCUAAGGACAAACCAAGCUUCGUGCGGGCUCGUGUGAAGAAGCUGCUGGCGGCAGGUGUGGUGUCAGCCAUGACGUGUAUGGUGAAGACCGAGAGCCCUGUGCUGACGAACUCCUGUAGGGAGCUGCUCUCCAGGGUCUUCCUGGCUUUGGUGGAAGAGGUGGAGGAUCGAGGUACUGUGGUUGCCCAGGGAGGGGGCAAGGCUCUGCUCCCGCUGGCUUUGGAAGGCACUGAUGUUGGGCAGACCAAGGCCGCCCAGGCUCUUGCCAAGCUGACCAUUACCUCCAACCCAGAGAUGACCUUUCCUGGCGAGCGGAUCUACGAAGUAGUCCGGCCCCUUGUCUCUCUGCUGCACCUCAGCUGCUCAGGACUGCAGAACUUUGAGGCCCUCAUGGCCCUAACAAACCUGGCAGGGAUCAGCGAGAGGCUCAGGCAGAAGAUCCUGAAGGAGAAGGCUGUGCCCAUGAUUGAGGGCUACAUGUUUGAGGAGCAUGAGAUGAUCCGCCGCGCAGCUACAGAGUGCAUGUGUAACUUAGCCAUGAGCAAAGAGGUGCAGGAUCUCUUCGAGGCCCAGGGCAAUGACCGGCUGAAGCUGCUGGUGCUGUACAGCGGCGAGGAUGAUGAGCUGCUGCGGAGGGCGGCUGCUGGGGGCUUGGCCAUGCUCACCUCCAUGCGGCCCGCACUCUGCAGUCGUAUUCCUCAAGUGACCACACACUGGCUGGAGAUCUUGCAGGCCCUGCUCCUCAGCCCCAACCAGGAGCUGCAGCACCGGGGCACCGUGGUGGUGCUGAACAUGAUGCAGUCUUCGAAGGAGAUCGCCAGCACCCUGAUGGAGAGUGAGGUCCUGGAGAUCCUGUCAGUGUUGGCCAAGGGCGAGGAGAGCCCAGUCACCAGGGCUGCUGCAGCCUGUCUGGAGAAAGCAGUGGAAUAUAGACUCAUCCAACCCAACCAGGACGGAGAGUGACGAUCGGCCCUGGGGCCCACAGCUCAUGCCUCUGUCACCCAUCACAGCUCUGAGUCAGCACUGGGAUGCUCAAUACUUGCCUCACUUCCACAGCUGCCAUAGCUGCACUUUGGUGUUCUCAGGACACACAGCACUCAGGAGGGCCCUGUCUGUACUGUAGAGAGCUGAGGCUGGGGAACGUGCAUCCCAUUCAAGCCUGUGGAUUAUGGGCAUCAAGAAGGAAGGACACAACAGCAUCCUCACAUGCUGGGAGCAUCACGAGAGCCUGCCAGCAGGCUCGCCCUGCUAAUAAAUCCUGUGGAACUACA